AUGGCGUCCACUACUUGCGUGUCCUCGGUCCUCUUCCUCCUCGCCGCCUUCACUGCCGGUGCAAGCGCAGCCACCUUCACCAUAAAGAACAAUUGCGGUUACACAGUGUGGCCGGCAGGCAUCCCUGUCGGCGGGGGCACGCAGCUGGACCCAGGCCAGACAUGGACCGUCAACGUGCCCCCCGGCACCAGCGGCAGGUUCUGGGGCCGCACCGGCUGUUCCUUCAACGGUGGAAGCGGCCACUGCGACAGCGGCGACUGCGCUGGUGCGCUCUCCUGCACGCUCUCCGGACAGCCGCCGGCAACGCUGGCCGAGUACACCAUCGGUGGCACUGGCAACCCGCAGGAUUACUACGACAUCUCGGUUGUUGAUGGCUACAACCAGCCAAUGGCCUUCUCCUGCAGCACCGGCGUUGGGCUGGUGUGCACGUACCCUAGCUGCCCCGACGCGUACCAGUAUCCGACCGAUGAUACCAAGACCCAUUCAUGCAUCGCCAACAGCAACUACCAGGUGACCUUCUGCCCGUGA